ACUGCUAGAAGGUUUGAUGCCCACCUUCUGCGCCCUCCCCGCAUUUCGCCUUUCUCAUCUUCCCGCUUCUGCGCAACUCUGCUCGGCCUAACUACCUGUCCAAACCCCCCGUGUGUGUCUGUGUAUUUCCCCAAGAGAGCAAGCAGCAUGUCGGACUACGGCUCACCCGGGGCCGGAGCGGGCGCUGGAGGCAAAAAAGAUGCUUUCGCGGACGCCGUGCAGCGAGCCAGACAGAUUGCAGCUAAGAUCGGAGGAGAUGCUGGACCUCCAAGUAACAAUGGAGGAGGAGGAGAGGGCUUCCCGUUCCAAACACUGAAACGUUCUCUGGAGGAUGGAGACCAACCAGAUGCCAAGAAGAUGUCUUCCCAAGGGGACAGAGACUCAGCCACUGCAUUGUCUAUCGGAGCUCAGCUCGCUGCCCUGUCUCAGCAAAGUGUCAGACCCUCCACUAUGACAGAGGAGUACAGAGUGCCAGACGGCAUGGUCGGACUCAUCAUUGGUCGAGGGGGCGAGCAGAUCAACAAGAUCCAGCAGGACUCGGGCUGCAAGGUCCAGAUCGCUCCAGACAGUGGUGGCAUGCCAGAAAGGAGCGUCUCCCUCACAGGAAACCCUGACGCCAUCGCGAAAGCCAAGAUGUUUCUGGAUGAGAUUGUAUCUCGGGGGCGGGGUGCUCCUUCCUCUGCUUUCCACGAGUCGACCAAUGGGCAGAGUGGCUCCAUGCAGGAGAUGAUGAUCCCAGCUGGCAAGGCCGGCCUAAUCAUCGGCAAGGGAGGAGAGACCAUCAAACAACUACAGGAGCGUGCUGGAGUAAAGAUGAUCCUCAUCCAAGAUGGUUCCCAGCCGCCCAACAUGGACAAACCCCUGCGCAUCAUCGGAGACCCCUACAAAGUACAGCAAGCCAAGGAGCUGGUGAAUGAGAUUCUGAGAGAGAGGGAUCACGCUGGCUUUGGAGACAGAAACAAUUUUGGCAACCAAAUGGGGGGAGGAGGAGGAGGAGGUGGCGGAGGAGGAGGCAUGGAUGUACCGGUGCCCCGCCACUCUGUGGGAGUUGUGAUUGGUCGAAGUGGAGAGAUGAUCAAGAAGAUCCAGGCAGACGCUGGAGUUAGGAUACAGUUCAAACCAGAUGACGGUGCAGGUCCUGAUAAGAUAGCCCACAUCAUGGGCCCUCCGGACCGCUGUGAGCACGCUGCCUCCAUCAUCAACGAGCUGCUGCAGAGCAUCAGAGUCAGGGAGGACGGAGGACAGGGGGGUCCUCCAGGUCCACCUGGCACGGGGGGGAUGCCUCAGGGUGGCCAUGGCAGGGGGCGAGGCCAGGGCAACUGGGGCGGUCCUCCGGGAGGUGAGGUUACCUUCUCUAUCCCCGCCCACAAAUGCGGCCUGGUGAUUGGUCGGGGUGGCGAGAACGUCAAGGCCAUCAACCAGCAGACGGGGGCUUUCGUGGAGAUCUCGCGUCAGCCGCCGCCCAACGGUGACCCCAACUUCAAACUGUUCAUCAUCAGGGGGUCCCCUCAACAGAUAGAUCAUGCCAAGCAGCUCAUAGAGGACAAGAUCGAGGCUCCUUUGUGUCCUCUAGGGGGUGGUCCUGGUGGACCUGGUCCUGCUGGUCCAAUGGGCCCCUACAACCCCAACCCUUACAACCCAGGGCCUGGUGGCCCCGGAGGACCCCCGCAUGGCGGCCCCCCAGGUGGUCAUGGUUACGGGGCCCCUCAGGGCUGGGGAAACACCUUCCAGCAGUGGCAGGCCCCUGGAGGGCCACACGACCCCAAUAAGGCGGCGGCAGACCCCAAUGCAGCGUGGGCAGCCUACUAUGCCCAGUACUACCAGCAGCAGCCAGGGGGCGCCAUGCCGGGCCAGGCCCCCAACGCCCCAGCAGCCGCCCCAGUCCAGGCAGACCCCUCCCAGGCAGCCCAGACCCCUGGAGGCCAGCCAGACUACACCAAGGCCUGGGAGGAGUAUUACAAGAAGAUGGGCAUGGCCCAGCCCGGUGGAGGCGCUGCAGCGGCGCCGGCUGCAGCUGUAGCCGGGGGAGGAGCUGGAGGACAGCAGGACUACAGUGCAGCCUGGGCUGAGUACUACAGGCAGCAGGCGGCCUUCUACGGCCCUGGAGGGGCUCCGGGACAGGCUGCCACCCCUCAGCAAGGACAACAGGCCCAGUGAACCAAAUCCAGCCAGUCUCCAGCCUGUCAGACGCAUGGACCGGGAGGACUGUCUCUUCACUGCAGCAGCAGACACAUCCCAUCCAGCUCUCUGGACUUUUUAAAUGUUUUCUUCUGGGUUUAAGUCGUAAUUCAAAAAAUGUCUAGUUUUGACGGAAGCAAAACCUUAAUUCCCUCCCUCAAAUACACUCCCAGUACCCCUCCCUCUUAUCCCAGUACCCCUUCUUCCCUUCCCCUAAAAAUUCCCCUUGUUUUUUUUUUCUUUAUUUUUUACAAAAACUGAAAAAUAACAAAUUCUACGAUUUUUGCUGAUGAAAUGAUUGAACAACUUGGUAGGGUUGUUUUUCCUUUAUGUUCCCCUGUCCUCACCCUGCACCCCUACAGUGUCUGCCUGUCCUCACCCUGCACCCCUACAGUGUCUGCCUGUCCUCACCCUAACCCCAACAGUAUCUGCCUGUCCUCACCCUGCAUCCCAACCCCUAGUGUCUGAGGAGGCGAAGGGGAAGAAAGGAAGAUAGUAAAGAGCUCUGGCUCAUAGGCCUAGCUAAUACCCAUCUGUAAAAUACAUGGACUCGCACUUCUCUCAUUUGUUUGUUUUCCUGAGGAAUAAACUGUCGUCUAGCAGUACUUUGGAGUAUAACUACUAAUAUUCAGCAUCAGUUUGUAAAAACGAGUUGUUUUUUUGCAAGCAAAAGGAUAUUUUUUUGCUUUUUAGGCUUAUUUUCAUUUUUAAUUAACGUCUAGUUCAGUUAAAACAUUCCCUGUGUUGAUGACGUAGCAGCAUUUCCCCCCCCCCACCCACUUAUAAUUUUACUUAGUUCAUAUUUUUCAGUAACUAAAGGGUUGGCCUGGGUUUGUGUGUGACUGACUAUGUGUACAAGCGCCUGUUUCUAAGGAUGCUUGCUACAGUGUGUGCCUGCCUGUUAUGUUGGUUAUUUUUGGCACAGUUUGUGUCCCCAAGGCCCCCGUCCCCUUGACUUCAGAUCAGAUUGCUGCAUCAUCAGAUGGGAUGCCUUUUAUUUUAUUUUUCCUCGUGUUCCAAGAAGUCGUAUUAUGUUGUAUGCUGUUUUUUUUGUUUUUUUUUACUUUUUACUGCUUGUUUUUAAAAACUUCACAAUAAAAAUAAGUAUUGAGAUA